CUGGGGGAAGGCUCAUCCUCAGACACUGGCACCAGGGCCUCUGUCCCCUGUGCUGGGACCACCUUGCUGGGAUCUCCCUCCAACCCUGGGCUAUCUGCGGGCUCAGUUUAGGCCAAGAGGGUCCAGGUCCGGGAAAGGAGAAGGCUUGGUCCCUGGCCAGUAGUUCCCCACCCCCACCUGCUCUGCUUGCUUGUGCCAGGAGGGUAAUAAGGUGGAAACAGGAGCCCUGCUGCCCCCGCCAAUGGGUGCCUCAGAGCCAGGGCACCCCCGCAUCCCGGUUUCUGUCCUCUCAUUCAUUCCACAAAUAUUUAUCCCCAGGGCUGACAGGUUGCCUCUGGGAUUUCAGUGUCCCCCACAGUAGAGAGGGAACCUGGACACAGGAGUCUGUCCCUCCCUUCAAGUGGCAAAGCUCAGCUCAUCUCCUCCUGCAUGAUGGGGAGACAGGGAGCCCCACUUCCUGGGAAAACCCAGGUUCUGAGAAGUUAAAUUAUUUGCCCUUGGUCCCAGGACCAGAACUGGGCCCCACGAUGUCAGCCUUUCCUGUGGGGCCAGCCUCAUGCCUGGGUGCCCAGGGUGGGGACCCCAGAACCUCAGCCUUGCACAGCAGAGAAUCCCUCCACACCCCCACGCUCUGCCCACCCCCAAUUCAGAGAAGGGUCUAGAACUCCCCUUGCCUGCACUCCCCUGGAAGGCAUAGAGGACUCCACGUCUGACCACCCUCAGCCUCUUGUACUGGAGGGGAUGCUGAGGCCCUGACCCCUAGGGACCUGGGGCUAAGGGUGCCUCCAGCCGGGGUACCCAGCCUGUGAUCUACAAGUGCUGAGCUGGAGGAGUGGAUCUUCAAGGAUUCUCAACCCCACCUGCCAGACCAGGCGUCAGAGUAGGGAGUGAAAAAGGUCUGGGAGGGGCAGUGAAGAUGGGGCCCCAGGGCACCCAUCCCUCUCUCUCCUCUAUCCCAGGAGUCUGCUUCUCCUUGGGGUUCCGAGACUAGCUGACCCCUCACUGGAAGGCAGGCUACCCCAGGUGUGGCCCUGCCCACCCUCUGUGCACCUGGGCUCAUUGGCUUCUAACAGCCCCAGAAAGUCGGCAAGGUGAACUCCUACUUUUCGGAUGGGAAAGCUGAGGCCCAGCCAGGCUUGCCCUGGCCACCACGCGUAUGCGUGGGCUCUGAGGGGCUGACAUUUUGCCUUGGAACUCCUCACCCAGCUAUCCUUGCAGUUUCAUCCUCUGCCCGCAUCCAACUGCAGGGCCUCGGGGCAGGGGAGAACUUACUGGGCAGUGUCCUUCCUCCCUACAUCCCCUGCCUGCCUGCUCCACCCCAGCCAGCCCUCAUCCCACUCCCCCAACCCUGCCCCCAGAGCCACAGGCCACUCAGGCUGCCUGUCCCCCGAACCUGCCCCUCCCUUGCCCUCCUCUAGCCACUGGGCCAGUGCUCUUUACCUGCUGGCUCAGUGGCCUAGGAGGAAGAGGGCCGGGCAACAGAUCCAACUGUUUGAUAAGAAUCUAGAGAUAAGGCCCCUUGGGUGAUCCAAGGGCUGCGGACUCCUGAACUGCCCUUUGUCCUUCACCCGCCUGGGGGCUACUCACCCAAGAGACCUCUCCACUCUGGCUCCUCUGCCCCCAGUCUUCUGACAGCUUUGGGACCAGUAAGAUUGUGGCUGCCACUAACACAGAGAGGAGGGGCCCCGGGGUGUCAGGGCCCCCAGACAGACAGCCACAGUCCGUGAAAGCCAGCUCCACUCAGGGGAGAUGGCACAGCCCCCACGCCCCUGGGCAGGACCCCCAGGCACAGGCCAGACCCUCAGCCCAUCACUGGCAGAGUGACUACUUCUGGGGUCCCCACUUCAUCAGUAGGACCUGGAGGUUCAGAGGGGUGGUUUUAGGGGAGCAGGACACCCUGCUGGUCACGAUGGCAUCCAGCCAGGCCUCCUCACUCCUGGGGGUCCCUGCACAGACCCUGCUUCUCUGCCACUCAGCAGCCCCCAGAGGAGCGUGCGCACACGAGGACCUCCUUGUCCUGACGGUGCCACCCCAGCCAGACGUGGGAGGCCGCUGCCCAGAGGCAUGCCCCGCCUCCAGCCACGCUGCCCCCACCUCCUGCUGCUGCUGCUGCUGGCCUGGCAGCCACAGGCCCCCUCCGCUCAGGUGAUGGACUUCCUGUUUGAGAAGUGGAAGCUCUACGGAGACCAGUGUCUCUACAACCUGAGCCUGCUGCCCCCACCCACGGAGCUGGUCUGUAACAGAACGUUUGACAAGUAUUCCUGCUGGCCGGACACCCCUCCCAACACCACGGCCAACAUCUCCUGCCCCUGGUACCUCCCCUGGCACCGCAAAGUGCAGCACCGCUUCGUCUUCAAGAGGUGUGGGCCCGAUGGGCAGUGGGUGCGCGGGCCUCGGGGGCAGCCGUGGCGGAAUGCCUCCCAGUGCCAGGUGGACGACGAGGAGCUCGCAGUCCAGAAAGAGGCGGCCCAGAUGUACAGCAGCUUCCAGGUGAUGUACACGGUGGGGUACUCCCUCUCCCUGGGGGCCCUGCUCCUGGCCCUGGCCAUCCUGCUGGGCCUCAGCAAGCUGCACUGUACCCGGAACUACAUCCACGUGAACCUGUUCACGUCCUUCGUGCUCAAGGCCAGCUCCGUGCUGGCCAUCGACGCGCUGCUCAAGACCCGCUACAGCCAGCGGAUCGGGGACGACCUCAGCGUGAGCGUCUGGCUGAGUGACGGGUACGGAGUCGUGGCCAACUACUGCUGGCUGCUGGUGGAGGGCCUGUACCUGCACGGCCUGCUGGGCCUCGCCGCCGCCCCUGGGAGGAGCUGCUUCGGCCUUUACCUGGGCAUCGGCUGGGGUGCCCCCAUGCUGUUCGUCAUCCCCUGGGCGGUGGUCAAGUGUCUGUUCGAGAACAUCCAGUGCUGGACCAGCAACGACAACAUGGCCUUCUGGUGGAUCCUGCGGUUCCCCGUCUUCCUGGCCAUCCUGAUCAACUUUUUCAUCUUCAUCCGCAUUCUUCAUGUCCUGGUGGCCAAGCUGCGAGCCCACCAGAUGCGCUACACUGACUACAAACUCCGGCUGGCCAAGUCCACGUUGACCCUCAUCCCCCUGCUGGGGGUCCACGAGGUGGUGUUUGCCUUCGUGACUGACGAGCAUGCCCAGGGUGCCCUGCGCUCCACCAAGCUCUUCUUCGACCUCUUCCUCAGCUCCUUCCAGGGCCUGCUGGUGGCUGUCCUCUACUGUUUCCUCAACAAGGAGGUGCAGUCGGAGCUGCUGCGGCGCUGGCACCGCUGGCACGAGGGCAAAGCCCUGCACAACGAACGCCACAUGGGCGGUGGCCACAUGGCCCAGCCUGCCAGCGGGCCCCCCAGCCAGAAGCUGUUACUCUCAAGGGGCGGUGGCAGCAGCAAUGGGACCAGCCAGGACCCCUCUGCAGAGACCUGCUUGGCUGGCGGCCUCCCUGGAUUGGCCGAGAGCCCCUUCUGAAGCCCCCUGGAUCUCCAGCCGGGGCUGGACUCAGGCGCUCAGGAAGGGAAUUGCCGGACAACCCAGAACAAAUGCCUGGCGGAGGCUGGAGAUGUGGGAGCCAGACAGUGGUCCCCCUCCAUCCACAUGUUCCCCGGUGUUGUGGCCCGGGGGGCACCUGCUUUAUGCCCAGGGCUGGAGGUUGGACCGUGGUGGGGACACUGUUCUGUGAAUGCGUGCCGUGUCCCCGUGUGUCUCCAAUGUUAGAGGAGACACAGGUCCUCCAAUAAUAAAGAGCCCCCUGCACACCUGGCAGAGCGCAGGGCUGGAGGAGAGGGGCCACCAGGCCCGGCACCAGGUGAGAAGGGAGCAGUCGUGGACCAGCCUGCACUGGUGUGUUCCCUCAGGACCUCUCCUUGUUGCCCCUUCGUACAGGUACAUUGGAGAUGGAACCUUGGGUUGUGAGUGUGAGGGGUGGCCUGCGAUGCCCCACCAGCACAUGGCGUCCCCACCGGAACAGGUUCUGGCCACCCUCCCACCCCAGUGCAGGUGGGCUCACCCCCACCCCGGGCCUGGGUGGACGUCCCUGCUUAGACGUGCUCCCCAACCCCUGGAGUGUCACCAUUCACCAGCAGAGGGACAGGAAUGGGGUUGAUAAUGGAGGGAGGCCACAGACAUCACAGUCCCCUACCAACCCCACAUGAGCACCGCUGGCCCACCUAGAGCCACAGCCAGGGCUGGAGUCAGGCCCAGCAGGGGCAUCACUGGGCAGUCCAGAACCGGAUGUCCUCUACCAGCUUCUGCUUCAUCCCUGCUCUAGCCACCCCAGCCAUGCUGAGGCCACAUAGCCGGCUGCAGUGGGGAGGGGUGGACCCCUGAAAUUGAAACUGUCCAAGUGAAGGCACAGCCCGACACAGCCCCACCUCACAAGGUGACUGCCGCCCUUGCUGCACCAGGCAUGUGUGGAAGGGCAGCUGUGCACAGCGAGGGUGCCCCGCUCGGCAGGCCGUGAGGGCCUCUCACUGGGGAAGCACUGAGUGCCGGACGCAGGAGGAGCCAGGCAGUGCGCUGGGUGGGGACCCCCAUUGCCUGGGGUGCUGAGUCCAAGCUGCCCUCUGCGGGACAGUGUGUCUGACACAGAGGGUGGAAGCACGUGCAGGGCGGGAGCCCAGCGCUGACUGGUCACCUCCCUGGAGCCCCGCCCGGGACAGUGCCGGGAUGCCUGCUGGGGGCACGCAUGGAGAGGGGAUGAGCAGGACAGCCAUCUAAGGAGGAAGGGGCCGCAGGAGCCUGGAACACAAGCCCAACAGGCCAGCCAGGUGUCCCUGCUCCGAGGAGCUGGUGGGCGGUGACGGCAGGGCCCUGGAGGAGGGAGUGUCCACCGGCCACGUGGGCUGGAGCAGCUCAAGCAGAGCCAGGCUAACUGGAGUAAAUGAAAGGACAGGAGGCCUCUUGGAAAAGGUAAAUAGAAUUACUCACCUGCCAGGCACUGGGGCCUCCAGAGGGGCCCUCAUCCCAUGUUCACUGCAGACCCGGAUGGGGCAGGUGGGGCGGAAGACAUUAGGGGAGACUGGGCUCUCCUGUGGCCGGGACAGCCCCACGGGGCCUCCAGGUGGGAUGCGUGCGGCUGGCUGCACCUCUGAGCUUGAGGCUUCAGGCCACUUCUCGUCCCGGACCCCCCAGGCUCCCCAGGCCCCAGGCUCUGACAUUCCUCUGAGCCCCUGCCCACAGGGGCACCCUGCCAGCCCUCCACCCCCAGCAGCCUUGUGGGCACAAGCUAGCACAGGAGGGCACCAGGUCUCCUUCACGCAGGCUGAGCUCAGGGCUGGUGACUGCCUUGGGGGAGGGUGCCGCUCACCUAGGGGACUCCUGACCGCCCUCCCCAUCCCAACCCCCUCUGCCCUUGUCCUCCUUCACCCUGUCCCUGUCCCCGAGGGAACUGGAGCAGGCCGGUGGAGUCAGGGGUGGAGGCUGAGGCUGGCAGGGGCUGGGCUCAGCAGCCAGUGAACACUGGCUCUGAGCAGGUGGGGUGAAGGGGGUGAGGGUGGGGGAGCCCACCAUCUACCUCAGGGCCCAGCGCCCUCACAGUAUCACUCUCCAUCCAGAAAGGCAACAGUCCAGGCCCUCUGCCCCUCCCCCACCUCUGCUUCCCUUCCCACUUCCACCCCAGGCCUUGCUGCAGGCCCCUCCCCGAAAGAACGCACGGAGCUGCCUAGCACGCGCGUGUGCCCAUGCGCCCCCAGAUACAUGCUACUAAAAUGAGUGUGGAGACCAAAGAGGAGGAAAACACAGACUGCAAUAAACAGGGACCAAACCUAGCAGAGCGGAGGGGCCUCCCCAGGACAGCAGCUGCGUGCCAGGCAGGGUGGCACUCCCACCGCGGGGAGGGGCCUCAAGCAGGGCAGGGGGUUACAGGAGACACGCUCUCGAGGGGAUCGCAGCGACUGAACAUGCCCAGAGACUUAGAAGACCUGGUGGAGUGUUCAGGACUUAGUACACAGAAAACCAAACAAAUCAGGAAACAGUAACUCCGAAGAAAACACAAAGUUGGGGAGAAAAGAAAAACCAAACACAGUUUACCACACAGCUCAGCUCUAGAGAUGCCACGAUGUAAGUACUCAACACCGAUGCAGUGAGAGGACCGUCCAGAGCAGUGGCGGGUGGCAGGAGCACAUGCGUGGAGCAGGGGAAAGGAGGAUGACACGGGACGAUCGAGAGGCAGCCGUUCACGCACGCUAUUUAGACACAGAAAUACAAACCAAAGACUUGGCGGAAAGUGGCCACCUCCAGGUGCAGGGCGGGAGGAGAAGGCGAGGGCUGCAACCCGCUGACCUCUCUGAGCUGCCCGUCCUCCUCUGGGCGCCUGGGAGCCAGAGCGACCCCCCUGCGUCCUCAGCCUCCGCACCUCCCUCAGUUCAUGGAAAUGCCAGGGAUGGGGAGCCUGUCAGCUCUGCCAGGAGGCAGCCAGCCCAGCCCAGCACUUGGGAAACCCCAUCUUCAAGUUCCCAGGGGCGUCAGUCACAACUGGAAGGAAAACGCGGGGAGAGCUAGUGGGGCUGAGAGAGACUUCAGAGACAUCGAGCAGAUGCAGGCAGCGCGCUUGGCCUUUCCAGCCUGAGUCCCUGCCCUGAGCGGACUGUUAUCCUAGACACUAGGGAACGGUGGACUGGGUAUUAGCUGCCACCAGGGAACCGUCCUUCGUGCUCAACACCCAUGAACGUGUGCAAAGUACGUGUUCAGCAUUUAAUGAACUCAAAUUGUAAUAAAAAUAAAAGCUUAAGAAUCAGAA